GCAGCUCUGGGUUCAGUUGCUAACAAAGCAAUGCCGUCAGUCAGCAGAAGCAGGCCGCGUAGUGCACAACACCGUGCAAUAGAACUCAGUGCCCAUGAAAUCUAACGAGUGACAACUGUAGCCGACUCCGGACUAACUUAACACAAAAAGUUUACUUAAAUAAAAUGGAGAUGCAAGAGCGAAACGGUACAAAACCGCCAAGUGCGGUUUCUACAGACCUAAUCCAAAGGGUCAUCGGAUCAUUUGGGAAAUAUCACCUUUGGCUAUGCCUUUUAAUAUUUUUAACAAAGUUCCCGGUCGCUUUUCAUCAAAUGGCAAUACUAUUUUUGUCUCCAAAGGUAUCAUACAGCUGUGGCAUCUCAGAAUUAAAUAACACAUGUCCAUGCCCAGAUCCAACAUAUGAUACGUCAAUAUUCUCCAGAACUAUUAUUAUGGAAUGGGACUUGAUAUGCGAGAGGAAAUGGCUGACCAGUUUUACGCAGACAUUAUUCCAAUUGGGAACAUUAUUGGGCAGUGUGUUAUUUGGAAUGGCUUCAGACAGGUUCGGAAGAAAAUAUCCACUUCUUGUUGCUGUCGUUAUCCAACUAUCGUGUGGAGUAGCAGCUGCCUACGUUCCAGAUUUUUGGACGUUCACAUUCUUGCGAUUCUUUGUUGGCAUGUCUGUGGGCGGUACAAUGGUUACCGGAUUCGUCAUAGUCAUGGAAUUCGUCGGGACACAGUACAGAGACGUCAUUUCGGCUCUUUAUCAAGUGCCCUUUAACUUGGGCCACAUGUUACUGCCAGUUUUUGCGUACUUUUUUAGAGACUAUUCUGAUUUCCAACUUUCUAUAUCUGUACCCGUCAUUGUUCUACUAUCAUACUUCUUCUUGAUACCUGAGACGCCAAGAUGGCUGCUAGCAGUAAAACGCACAGAAGAAGCGAUUAAUGUAUUGGAACGUGUUGCUAAAGUAAACAAACGGCCUACAGAAAAUAUCAGAGCAGACAUCGAGGCAUACCAAGCGUCUUUAGAGAAACAUCAAUUGAAGAAAGGAAACAUUUUGGAUCUUUUCCGAACUCCAAACCUUCGGAAGAAUAUCAUAGCUAUGGCGUUCAAUUGGUUGACGUGUAGCUACUGUUUCUAUGGCGUGUCGCAGUAUGUGGGUCAGCUUAGUGGUAAUGCUUUCAUUAACGUAGCGAUUAGUGCUAGCGUCACCUUACUCGGUACAUUUGUCUCUAUUCCUCUUCUGAAAUUUAUAGGAAGAAAGUCUAUUGUGAUAAUCUUUCACCUCAUAUGUGCAUUUUGUUUAAUAAUAUUAGCGGUAAUACCGGAAGGUAUCGGAUCUGUAGUUCUCGCGAGUAUCGGUGUCGUAUCUAGUUUCAUUGUGUUUGUUGUUGUAUAUUUAUAUUGUACGGAGUUGUUCCCUACAGUCGUCCGAAACGCGGCACUCGGCUUCUCGUCCAUGUCAGCUCGGAUCGGUUCUAUGAUAGCUCCCUUUGUGAUAGGAAUGAGAGAUAAAGCCCUGUGGAUGCCUCCGGUUGCGUUUGCCGCAUUGCCUUUGAUAGCUGCUGGUAUUACAUUCCUUUUGCCCGAAACAAAGGGAUGUGAACUAACGACUACGAUCGAAGAAGGUGAAGCGUUUGGGAAAAAGACAGAUACUAGCAAAGAUAUCCAAAAAUCACACUAAUAUUGUAAAGGCUAAAGUGUGUGUGUGUGCUUGUGUGUUAUUACUGUUGUACUAUAUUAAUGUUACUAUGUAUUCACGCGCAACGUCUGAAUUAGAUUAAGAUGAAACUUGGUAGGAAUGUAGUUUGUACAUCGGAUUUUUAUCCGAAUUCGGAAUGUAGUUUUCUUAGGAGGCGGGUGAAACCGCUGGCCAAAGCUCGUAAGUUAGAAACUUAAGCUGAAGAAUAUUAUCUAAGUAAUUACCUAUCUAAAUACAUAUUGAAAUGUGUGGAGCAUCAUCCGUCGGUGGUUCUAGUUUGUCCGGUUUCAAAUAAGGUUUCAAAUUAUUGUCUAAUAAAUAUCUGAACUUCGUUUAUUAUAACCGAUUUAUUCCAAUAGACUGUGAUCGAUGGCGUUAGGAAAUCAAUUAUGAACACAUGUUAUAUACAAAUUGACAAUCGUACUGCGAGAUAUGUGAGGAAUGUGCGCAACAAAUCGAAAUGUUAUUAAUGUAUUUUUUACACGAAAGGACAUGUUGUUAUAAGUGUGAAAUAUUUCCUAUGUCUGAAAUUUUGAAUAUACCUGUAAAUAAAUAUUAGUUUAAGCUAGCAAAAACAUUUCGAAAAAUAAGCUAAUUAUUUGCCAGAAUUCUUAGUUUUCCUGCCUUUAGAUUUUUACCUUAAACAAUAUAAUGUAUAACAAUAGUAGAUGACCUAAAAUAAAUUACCUAUCUAUAAAAGGUUUCUGCGAACAAUGAUUUAUAAAUAAGUAACUACUUUUAGGAAAAUACAAGUUACUUUUAUUCUUC